AUGAGUCCAUUCAUCAGCAACGGAAAGUCUCGAUCGACCCAACAGGUCAGCAGCGAUGGGAAAGCUAUCGCGAUCAUCGGCAGCGGCUGCAGAUUUCCAGGCCAUGCGAACACCCCUUCGAAGCUUUGGGAACUACUGGAAAACCCCGAAGAUGUUUCAUCACCUUUACCGGCGUCAAGAUUCAACGCUGCUGGGUUCUAUCACAAAGAUGGUGCACACCAUGGCCACAGUAAUGUUAAAGAUCUUCGCGGUUACUUCCUUUCAGAGGAAGGCGUGGAACGAAAGUUCGACGCCAAUUUCUUUGGGAUCAACAAUGCAGAAGCAAACGUCCUUGAUCCACAGAUGCGACUGCUCCUCGAAGUGACUUAUGAAGCUCUUGAGAACGCAGGCAUCAAAAUCGAAAGUUUGCAGGGGACUAAUACCGGAUGCUUUGUUGGUCUCAUGAGUGGUGAAUAUGAAUCAGCUAUGCUCAAAGACCCGGAGACGAUUGGAACGUAUCACGCUACCGGGACAGCGCGAAGCUUCUUGUCCAAUCGACUAUCCUAUUUCUUUGAUUGGCAUGGGCCAUCGAUGACUAUCGAUACUGCCUGCAGCUCUAGUUUGGUGGCCGUGCAUCAAGCAGUCCAAUUGUUGCGAUCAGGGCAAUCCAAUGUUGCCAUUGCGGCAGGUUCGAAUAUGAUUAUGGACUCGACCAAUUACAUCAGCGAGAGUAAGCUACAAAUGCUUUCUCCCGAUGGCCAAUCAAGAAUGUGGGACGCAAAUGGAAACGGCUAUGCGCGCGGCGAAGGUGUCUGCACUAUUAUCAUGAAAAGGCUCAAAGAUGCAUUGGCCGAUGGUGACUACAUCGAGUGCAUCAUUCGUGAAACAGGCUGCAACUCCGACGGUCGCACAAAUGGGAUCACUAGACCUUCUUCCAGUGCGCAAGCUGCGCUUAUUCGGGACACAUAUGAAAAGGCUGGACUGAAUCCAGCCAGCAUUGAUGACAGGCCACAAUACUUUGAGGCACAUGGUACUGGUACUGCCGCAGGAGAUCCUAUCGAGGCAGAGGCCAUCCAUUCGGCCUUCUUCGGAGAGUCUAACGCCGAUGAUGGUGAGCUUCUAGUCGGCAGUAUCAAGACUGUAUGCGGCCAUACUGAGGGUACUGCUGGUGUGGCGGGUAUACUGAAAGCCUCUCUGGCAUUGCAAAAGGGUGCAGUACCUCCGAAUAUGCUCUUUACUGCCCUAAACCCUAGUAUCAAGCCUUUUGUGAAUCAUUUGCACCUUGUCACAAACCGUUCGGCAUGGCCACUUGUCAGCAAUGGGCAACCACGCCGUGCAAGUGUAAACAGCUUUGGUUUCGGUGGGACAAAUGCGCACGCCAUUCUAGAGUCCUUUGAUAACCGAAACGAGCAAGCAGGGCCAGAUAUCUCAGAACCCGUUUUCAUGCCUUUUGUCUUCUCCGCAGCUUCAUCCAAAUCUUUGCGAAAUUACGUACGGUCCUUUAUCUCAUAUCUGGAGCACGGUAUGGAAGGUUUGCGAAUGCGAGACCUAGCCUAUACUCUACACAGCCGCAGAAGCCGCUUCCCCUACGCACUUUCAGUUGUCGCUCAAGACGGUCCUGAGCUACUUGCAAAGCUCCAAGAGGUUCUAAGGGAGUCGGAAGUGAACACGAAGCCCGUUGGGAUACGAGCUGCUCCAAGCGCUGGCAGCUCCCAAGGCCGUUCUGGCGUCAUAGGCAUCUUCACCGGACAGGGUGCGCAAUGGGCCACUAUGGGAGCUGAGUUGUUACUAAAAUCCAGAGUCGCGUCAGAAACUCUAGCGAGACUAGAGCAACGCUUGGCUCAGCUUCCCAAAUCCGACCGGCCUACGUGGUCGCUGAGAGAAGAGCUGUUGCGUGCCCAUAAUUCCCAUGUCAGCGAACCGGAGUUUUCUCAACCACUUUGUACAGCGAUUCAGAUCCUCCUAGUCGACAUCUCACGCUCAGCUGGCCUCGAAUUUCGCGCAGUUCUUGGUCAUUCUUCAGGAGAGAUUGCCACAGCUUAUGCGGCUGGUGUCAUAUCUGCAGAGGAUGCCAUCUCGAUCGCAUUCUACCGUGGCCUUUGUACCACUAAGUUUGCUCAAAGCAACAAUAUGCAGCCAGGAGCUAUGAUGGCUGUAGGCACAUCUGCUGAGGAUGCGUCUGAGGUUCUGGAAGCAGGUCCCUUCAAGGGUAGGGUCACCAUAGCGGCUAUCAACUCUUCCUCUAGUGUGACGCUAUCCGGAGAUAUGGAUGCCAUCGAGGAACUUCGGGAUAUCUUUGAGGACGAAGGGAAGUUCGUCCGGAUUCUCAGGGUCGAGAAGGCCUACCAUUCACAUCACAUGAAACCUGCUGCGAAGAGUCUACGCCAAUCACUUGCAGAACUCGACAUCAAAGUCAACCAAAAGUCGUUGUCUAGAUGUGUUUGGGUGUCAAGCGUUACGGGCCGGACAUUGAGUACCGAGGACGAAGAGAAGCUCAAGGCAGAGUACUGGGUAGAGAACCUACUCAGUCCAGUGCUGUUUAUGUCAGCUCUACAAGAAACAUGCCGCAUAGCUGGCCCGCCACAGGCUGUUAUUGAGAUUGGUCCGCACCCAGCCCUACGUGGUCCGGCAGAACAGACCCUACGUGAGGAGGCUGCAGGUGGAGACGAUGUUCCAUAUGCUGCACUUCUCAAGAGAUCCUCAGAGGCCAUUCCGUCUGUUGCGGAAGGACUUGGUCAUUUGUGGGUCCAUGCACCCCAUUUGGCAUUGGACCUACAAGGUUAUGAUCAAUUCAUAUCUGCAGGUGCUUCUUUCAAACUCGACAGGUCAAUUCCGUCAUAUGCAUGGGACCAUGAAGCCAACUAUUGGCACGACUCAAGAGUGACGAGGAUGUAUCUACACAGAAGCCCAGAACAUGAGCUUCUUGGACAUAUGUCUGAAGCCAUGAACGGUGUGCGCCAGUGGCGCCAGAUUCUCAGUCCAAAGGAGAUUUCUUGGCUAGCCGGACAUCGCCUGCAAGGCCAGAUAGUAUUCCCAGCUGCUGGAUACGUUGUGCUUGCCAUCGAGGCGGUCAGGGACUAUCUUCGAAGUCUUGAGGAGUCAGAAACGGCUUCUCUCAUAGAAGUUCACGAUAUCGACAUUAGCCAGGCGAUGACUUUCAAUAGCGAUGACGCUAAAGUUGAGGCAGUGUUUCGACUGCAUAACAUCCAACGGCUAGACGAUCAGGUCACGGCAGACUUCCAGUACUUUGGAUCACCAGUAGCUGCUGCUUCAGCUCCUGGGCAUUUUGAUGCUCCUCUUCGUACUUUCGCCACAGGCUCUAUCACUGUCACUUUGGGAGAUCCUUCGCCUACUUUGCUGCCCUCCAGAAGCCACGCUCCAGACAAUACGCUUCCAGUGAAAACAGAGGACUUGUAUGACUCGCUUAGUCGUAUGGGAUACGGAUAUAGUGGUCCUUUCUACGCCCUUUCUGGGUUGAGCCGCAGGCUUGGAGCAGUCAGAGGACAAGUAAUGAGUCCCGAUGAUCAAGAGUCUACGUUGAUGAUUCAUCCAGCUAUGCUAGAUGCAGCGUUCCAGGCGGUACUCCUAGCGCAAGCGGCUCCCUAUGAUGGAACACUUUGGUCACUCCAUGUUCCAAAAACAAUAAAGCGUAUCACGGUCAACCCUGCUUUGUGCCAGCCAGAUUUGACAAGGAGUAAGUUGUUACCCCUAGAUGCCUGUCAACCGAUCAAGACGGGGAAAUUUCAGGGAGACGUCGAUAUCUAUCCAGCGACUGAGAGCUAUGAGCAUGCCUUUUGCCAAGUUGAAGGCCUUGAUUGUAUUCCUUUUGCUCCUGCAUCAGCUAAAGAUGACAAGGAGGUCUUGGCGGCUAUGCAAUGGGGACCUGCAUUCCCAGAUGCUGUCAUAGCGUCUCAAGACCUAAAGCCGAAUCAAGAGGAAGUGGAACUCGGUCAACUUCUUGAAAGACUUUCUCAAUUCUACAUGCAGAAUCUACUCCGUGCCAUCCCUCCAGGAGAUUCCCGCCGCCAUACAAGUCCCAUUGCCGGCAUUUUCGGAUUUGCUGAUCACAUCGACUCGCUUAUAAGGUCUGGCGACCGGAAAUUUUGGAAGCUAGAAUGGCAUGAAGACACAUUCGAGACCAUAACCGAAGCCAUCGAGCCAUUCCAGGACAAUGUGGAUGUUAGGCUGCUCAAGCGCAUCGGCGAGAAUCUAAUCAGCAUUGCGGACGAAAAGAUUACUGCCAUCGAAAUUGCGAUGGAGGACCACCUGCUGAACGAGGUCUACGUUGCUAGUCUAGGUUUGAAGGAAGUCACACAUGUCUUGGCAAGAGUGGUAUACCAGAUUACCCACCGAUACCCGCACCUGAAUGUCCUGGAGGUAGGUGGCGGGACUGCGGGGUGUACCAAAGCUAUUUUCAGCAUGGUGGACAGUUUUGCCUCAUACACAUUCACCGACGUUUCGUCGGCUUUCUUUCCCACGGCACAACAAGUCUUUGAGGACCGAGCCUCACAAAUGAAGUAUCAGGUGCUUGAUGUGGGCAGGGAUCCGAUAGAACAAGGCUUUCAACCCCAUUCUUACGAUGUCGUUGUCGCAUCCAUGGUACUACACGUAACCAAAGACCUUUGUCAGACCAUGCAAAACAUCAGGCGUUUGUUGAAGCCUGGUGGAUACCUCAUCAUUCAGGAGGGCUUUAACAACAAUGUUGGGCGGAGUGGCGCCAUCUUUGGUGCAUUCCCUGACUGGUGGCUAGGGACCAGCGAAGGGCGCAUUCUUGGUCCGCUAGUGUCGAUCGCUGAGUGGGACAAGACAUUGCGCGAUACCGGAUUUUCUGGAGUUGACACAUGCUCUCCCACGUCGCAUCAGUUUUCUCAUCCAACCGCCGUCUUUGUGACACAGGCGGUAGAUGACCGGGUCAGCUAUAUCCGAGACCCGCUAUCUCAGCCCUUGCCGCAAGCCAUCCAGAUCGCUCGGGACGAGCUUGUGAUUGUCGGAGGCAAAGGUCAGCAAACAAGAGACCUAGUGGCUGAGCUUGUACCCAUGCUUCAACAACGCUUCGAGGGUCUAAAGACAUUCAAGUCCUUCGCCGAACUAGCUAAUGCUGGAACGAAAUUAUCUUCAUCGAGCCUGAUAUUAAGUCUCACCGAGCUCGAUCAGCCAUUGCUGCAGACUUUGAGUAGUGCAGAAUUUGAGGGUAUCAAGGCAGCUUUACUUAGUCUCGGAUCAAUAUUCUGGGUGACUCAGGGCAGGCGUGCGUCAAAUCCGUUCACUGCAAUGACGGUCGGAAUGGUCCGUGGAGUCGUAUGCGAAGCCCCCACACUGACAUCUCAGUUCCUUGACUUUGAGGACAUUGGUACGCUAAGUGCUACGGCAGUAGCUACCGAAAUGUUCCGUUUUGAGGCACAAGCGGUUGUAAUAAAUCAGCAGGAAGGAGGAGAACCCAUGUUUGGCAACCUUGAGCGUGAACUAGUGCUCGAUGCCCAAGGUCAGCUGCUGAUACCUCGUCUCAAGCCCAGAAAGGACAUGAAUGAUCGCUUGAACUCAGACAGGCGGUCGAUCUCCAAAACCAUGCAGCUAGAUCAGAGCGGCAGGACUAGUAUCAGUCUGAAGUUGCAGCAACCUAUCGAGGAUUCUUAUUUCGUUGAAGACUGGGCCAUUGUAGCGAAGAAUGUAGGGUUCACGCCUACGUUUUCUCUGAUAUCUGCCGUACGUUUGGGUAAAGAUUCCGGCUUCGCCCAUCUUAGCUUUGCAAAAGAUAUGGAUAUCUCAGCAUCGCACGUUGUUCUAUCAACCCAGCUCGGCCCCAGAGUCGAAGCGCUGCAAAGCCUCGCACUACCUAAAGACGUCCCCGAUGGUAUGGGGCCCGCGUUCACGGCUCUUGUCGCACAAGCUUUAGUGUGCAUUCAGAUUCUGGACAGCGUCGCUACUGGCGAUCAUCUCCUGGUUUUCGGUGCGGGACAGAGUCUCGUAACGGCUCUGCGAGUACUGGCCAAGGAACGAAGCAUUCCUGUUACGGUGAUCGCAACCACGGGCAACGGAGAUGCCAGCAGCAAAGAUUAUCUAUACAUCAAUCCAAAAUCUCCGGAUCGAAUUAUUGAUGCUCUUCUGCCGUCCCAAAAGUCAAUGUUUUUGAGUUACGAUAGAAGAGAUGGCCUAUCCAGCGUGGCAGCUCGGAUCAUGGCACUCCGUGCACGCUACUACAAAGCCCAGUCACUGUACGAUUAUUUCUCGCAAUCAGCGUCGGAGCCUGAAACCUUGGAUAACAAGGCUUGCCAACAACUAUUGCAUGCAGCAGUGGAGCAUGCCUCGCGUAACGUUACGACAUCUUUGGGACUUCUUCUCAAUGAGGAAGUUGUUAUUCUGUCUGCCACCGGUUUAGUCUCAGGCAAAGUCAGCGCCAAUGGUGAUCCAAUGCAAUCUGUGGUUAGUUGGGAAGAUAUCCGACAAGUUCCUGUCAAGGUUCGAAAGAUUGAGGAUCACGUAGCAUUCUCGCACGAGAAAACCUAUUGGCUUGCUGGACUUAGCGGAGGGUUAGGAUUGUCGUUAUGCGAAUGGAUGAUACGACGAGGCGCCAAACACGUUGUCAUCACUAGUAGAAACCCCAAGGUUGCC